AUGUCGCUGAGCGGCUGCGUCUUCGAGUGGAACACGGGCGCCGCGGGCGCCGACGACGUCGCCGCGGUCGCGCGGCGCCUGGCGCCGCGCGAGCCCGAGGGCCGGCGGCCGGCGGCGGCCGCCGCGGGCGCGUCCGUCGCCGCGGGCGCCGCCGUGGCGCUCGUCGCGGCCGCGGCGCUGCUCGGCCGCCGGCGGAAGCGCGCGAGGGUCGUCGAGGACGUCGAGGCCGGCGGCCUCGGCGACGACGACCUCGCGCUCCUACCGCGGAACGACGAGGCGCCGAGGCGCUUCGACAUGAAGGACGUCGUCCUCGGCGAAGAACUCGGCCGCGGCGGCUUCGGCGUCGUCGCGAGCGCGACCGUGCGCCUCGCGGGGGGCGCGGUCGCCUGCGCCGCGAAGCGCGAGCGGCGCGGGCGGAAGCCGCGCGCAGACAACGAGGCGAGGAUCAUGGCGCGCCUCGGCGUCCACGACAACGUGCUCGGGCUCCUCGGCGUCGCGGAGCAGCGAACCCUGCUCUUCCGCGCGUCGACGGUGCUGCUCCUCGAGCGCGCGUCCAUCUCCCUGCGGGACGCGCUGCGGAACGGCGCCGUCGACGCGGCCGCGGCGCCGCGCUUCGCGGAGGACGGCGCCGAGGCGCUGGCGCACCUCGCCCUCCGCCGCGUCGUCCACCGCGACGUGAAGCCGUCGAACUUCCUCGUCGCGCUCGACGGGUCGCUGAAGCUCAGCGACUUCGGGUCCGCGGUCGUUUUAGGCGGCGCCGCGGACCGCGGCGGCCCCUGCCGGCGCCGCGGGCCGUCGUCGUCCGUCGUCGGCAGCGUCUACUACGUCGCGCCGGAGCUCGUCGACGACCGCGCCUUCGGGUCCGCCGUCGACGUCUACUCCUUCGGCGUCACGCUGGCGGCGUUGUUCGCGGCGCCGCGCGGGGACGUGAAGGCGCUCUUCGCCGCGCCCAUCGCGGCGCUGGUCGCGUCCGGCGUCGUCGCGGACGGCGAGAGCCCCGCGGAGCUGUCGCGGGCCAUCGCCGCGGGGUCGCUGGCCCUCGCGCUGCCGCCCUUGGUCGACGCGCCGACGGCGCGCCUCGUGCGGUCCUGCGUCCGCCUCCGGCCGUCCGCGCGGCCGACGGCCCGGGAGGUCGCCGACGCCUACAAGCUCGGCCGCCGCCGCUCGUCGUCGGACUCGUCGGGGCCCGAGCGCGGCCUCGCGGCGGCGCCCCACGACUACGUCGGCGCCGACGCGCUCGGCCUCGCGCGCGACGACGACCUCCCGCGGCCCCACGCCCUCGGGCGGCUCGAGCGCUGGGCCCUGGCGGGGCGGUGA